CAGCAGCGCCAGAAUUUGAAAGUUUCUUACUCUUUGCGGCACGAAAGUAGAAGGGGUCGAGGACCUCGGUGGGUGGCGCAGCAAUAAAAAGCAACAGACGACGCCGCAACCCACCAGCCACGUUAUCUUGACCGGAAAUCGCAAAACCAAGAAAAAAUAGGCUUGGUUUGUUUUUGUUACGCAAGUUUUAUUUGUUAACUCUUCAAAGACAUCGAUCCACUCACUCUGUGUUAAAAAAAAAGUGACGUUCCGAGUAGAUGUGAUAUUUAGAAAAUAAAUCAAGAAAAUUAAUAUUAAAACAUGAGUACUUCUUUAAGCCGUACGCCCAGCGCCCCAAAAAUUGCUCCGAAGCCAGGAAAAAUUAAAGUUGUGAGAGCCCUUUACGAUUAUUCCGCUCAAAAUCCUGACGAGUUGACAUUCCAAGAGGGAGACGUUUUGUACGUCUUGGACCAAGUUACAGACCAAAACUGGUGGAGGGCAAAAUGCGGCCCAAAUUUCGGACUGAUUCCUAGCAAUUACGUUGAAACUUGUACCGAAGAAGUCCUUUUUCCUCUACAUGAUGCCGCUCGCAGAGGAAAUCUGAGUAACCUGAAGCAGGGUCUCUCCGAAGGUGUCUCGGCCACAAGCUUGGAUCACGCAGGGAACACAGCCCUUCUUUGGGCUUGUCAUUCUGGCCAGUUGGAGUGUGUGCAGGAGCUGCUUAAAAUUCCUAGCGAAGCCUUAAACGCUCAAAAUCGUCUUGGAGACACUCCUCUGCAUUCUGCAGCCUCCAAAGGUCACCUAGAUGUGGUCAACCUUCUGCUAGAGAUAGGGGCCGACACAAGUUUAAAAAACACCGAUGGUCUCACUGCCCUCGACUUAGCGUCAACCAACGCAAUCAAAUCCGUCAUUCAGCGUCAGAAUUUAAACCGUCAAAGCUCUAAAAAUUCCAUUAACUAUUCUCCAGAUGAAUAUGAGGAUGAUGAAAUUUCUGACUGAAUCCAAAAACUCCAUUGCGAUAAAAAAAGUUCAAAAAAAUCAUUUUAUUUACAAGAAAAUGUGGAGUGUUUAAUUAAGAAAUAUAGAAGAUGAAAUAGCGUAGUAAUUGUAAUCAGUAUUUUUUUUUAUACAAAAUUAAACAUGAUAUCUAUAUAUAUCAAGGAAAAUGUAAUUUUGAAACUACCUAAAAAUGGAAGGCAUGAAAUGUAACCUAAAUUUUAUUGCAUAAUUAUAUAUAACUAUAUUUUCAUAUUGUAUGUAUAUAAACACGUGUGCACACGGUGUGUGAAAGUUUUCUAAAAUAAAUGUCC